UCUUAACUUUAAAUUUGUUUAAUGUAUUCUUAAUACCUCUUCAAAUAGGUUCUCAGCUAUUGUCAUGUCGGUAUAUAAUUUUACUGCUAAGACGUUCCGACUGUGAUUUGGAAUUUAGGAAAGAUGUUAGAGAGAAGAUCGAUAGUUUUAUAUCAAUACCAAACAAUUCAUUUUUUGAAAAGAACUUGAAAACGCCAGAUGUCGUUCCAUUAAACUCAACUUUGGAAGACCAUAACGUUUCGUUACCUGAAGAACCACCUACAGUUAUUAUAAAUAUUCCUUAUAAAUCUCGGAUAGUGUCAAAAACUAAAGUUAAGCCUAGUAAAAGUAAUGACAACUCGAAGCCUGUUCGAAAAAAAAAUAACAAAUCGAAAAAUCUUUCUCGCGGUAUUACUAACAAAAAUGUAAACAUUGACAUAGGUCUAGAAUAUGAUAUAAGUAAAGAUAACUUGAUGGUUGAACUAAAAUACGGUACCUUGGUUCCGGCGUUCUUAACAAACGUGAGUCCCAAAAGCACAAAAAGACUUUGCUUAUGUGGCGUAACAAACUCUGAAAUCCCUACUUCUUGGACAGAGUCUUUUCAUAACAAUUUACAUAAAAAUAUUUAUAAGUUACGUUUUACAGGAGAUGUUCACGAGGUUGAUCUUCGAACAAUUAAAGAAAAUGAUUUAUCCUACUUCAUUUUCAGUAUCAAUAACAAUGUAAAAGAUGAAAAACUUUUAACUACUUUGAAGAACAUAAAAGAUUACGUGAAUUUGGAACAUGGAAUUGUAGAAAAAAAUGUUCUUAUAUCCUCACGUGUUACAUAUUUAGCCGUAUUACCUUGCCUUAAAGUAAUUGGUUACUUGGAGGUUGAGCCAUUAAAAACAGCUACAGUCAAAUUUAGUGUACACACAAUUUGGGUAGCUAUUAGUUAUAAAAAGAAAAAUGUAAAGACAAAUUUGUUAAAUAACUUACUUUAAUAAAAAUUCAUAUUCAUUUUUUA